AUGCCGUUCAUGAUUGUAGGUUCUGCCAUCAAUGCCAUGAUUUUCCACCACGGCGCUCCGUCAGACUUUGACCAAUGGGCCGAAUAUCAGAAAGGUCAGAAAGGUGCCGAGGGAUGGACAUACAAGGAAUUUAACCGGUACUUCCUCAAAUUUGAAAAGUUCCAUCCGAGCAAGACAUACGGUCCUACAGAUCUCACUUCAAGAAGUUUUACUGGCCCUGUAAAUGUUGGCUACUUUAGCCACACCGCAGCGAGCACUAAAGUUUUCUUGGAAGCCUGUUCCAAUGCGGGUGUCUCUCCAAAUCCUGAUUUCAAUACAUCACGAGGGACACUUGGUGUAAAUAAGGUAUGUUCGAGUAGAUCUGAGUUUGGUGUAGGAGCAUUAAUUGACUUUCGGGUGCCUGACCCAGUUAAACGUCGUGUGACAACGGAAUCUUCCUACUUGACACCCUCGGCUCUUGCGAGGCCUAACUUGAAGGUGGCCACUAAAGCGCGAGUCGCUCGCAUCAUAUUUGACAACACAAGCAAUGGAUCUGGACUGCGCGCUGUCGGCGUCCAAUACACCAAUGCUGGCGAACUCUAUGAGGUGAGAGCAAGGAAGGAGGUCAUCGUCUCAGCCGGUGCGCUACAUACGCCUCAUGUCCUUAUGCUGUCCGGAAUUGGCCCAGCUGAUCAUCUCGCAUCCCACAAUAUACCCGUGCUCGUUGACCUUCCUGGCGUUGGCUCGCAUCUCAUGGAUCAUCCCGUCAUCGACUUCCAUUAUAAGGAUAAGAGCCGGGCGCUGUUAUCUGGCAUAUCGUCAGGUAAUCCCCGUUUUAAUCCAACGCCGUACAAUAUCUUCAUCGCGCUGGCCCUCCUUAUACAAUAUAAACUUACGGGAAGAGGGCUCCUAACAACGAAUCCCGCCGAGUCUGCAGGCUUUGUGCGCUCCUCGGAUCCGAAGCUCUUUCCGCCGAACGACUUCCCCAUCGAGGAAGACAUCGAGGAUACGACGUCUGGCCCCGGAGCACCAGAUAUCGAGUUUUUCCAUACACCUGUUGCAUAUAUGGAGCAUGGGAUUCGUAUGUUCCCAAAGGGUCAUUAUUUUGCCUUGCACGCCGUACUUCUCAGACCUACCAGCAAAGGCACUGUCCGACUAAUUUCUUCCGACCCGAGCGAUGAGCCAGUUCUUGAUCCUGAGUACCUGUCGACGAAGCAUGAUAUCGACGUUCUCGUUCGUGCAACACGCCUAGUAACUCGCAUCGCACGCACCGAGCCCUUUGCAUCCCUCAUUGACCCCAGUGGCGAUACGGAUCCGCUCCUCGAUCAUGGGUUGCACUUAGCCAGCGACGAAAGGAUUGUCGAGUUUAUACGAGAUCGAGUGGAAACACUAUAUCACCCGGCGUGCAGCGCACGGAUGGCUCCAUUGGAGGACGGUGGCGUCGUAGACCCUUUCCUGCGCGUUCAUGGGAUUCCGAAUUUGAGGGUCGUGGAUGCGUCUGCAUUUCCGACAAUUACUUCAGGUCAUACGGCAUCCCCGGUUAUCGCUAUGGCCGAGAAAGCAGCCGAUAUGAUCAAGGAUGCUAUCAAGUCAAAGUGA